GACCUACUAUCCUGCCGGGAACAACUCCUCCACACAUGGAGGAGCUGGAUGUAUAUCUCUGCGGAGGGGGAAAUUUCUAUUUUUCCCUGUGAUGGAUUACGCCAUAGUUUUCAGAUAUGUAUAAGAUUCCUGUGCGAUGAAAUCAGCGAAAGUGGAUUAUAACGACCUCGCUGCAUAUAUCCUGUGGCAAAAUCUGGACAUGAGGAGCGGAUACACGAUAUGUGACACAAUACAGGGUACUCUCUUCCCCUGAUCUGAGACCAGCCGCUGAGGCUGAGGUCAGCAAAGGCCACCACCAUGGUGACCUUUGCUGAAACGACGCAGAUCUCCCCUAUGGAGCUACGUGAGCCGCCUUGUCUUUCAGCCACACUGUCUCCAGGGCUGCGACGGAAAAAGAUGCUGUGGCAGAAUGCAGUAAAACACAUCAUUAUCCAGCAGGAACUUAGCGCUCAGGUUGGUGUGGAACCAGCACGGAAAAUCUUUGUGACAGAUGCCUACAUGGAGGAGAUCAACAGACAAAUCCGCAGCAAGGCGUCACGCGGGGUCACCAAACGCCGGUCUUCCACAUUCAGAGUCCAUCCCUGUCUGGGCCGCGGUUCCACCAGCACAGUCGGGGGUUCUUGUUCUAACGACUACUCCAGCGAUGCCGACUUCUUUGUACACUGGGGUCGCAUUAUUCAUGGCAUCUACGUACCUUCGCUCAGACACACCUUCAAGUCCCGUGACCUGGAGAAACUCUACCAACAACACUCAUGUCACCAAAGACGCAACUCUCUAGCCAUUACCAAUGUGAUAGAUGCAGUGGCCAAGCUACAUGUGAUGGUUCUGUACCUUGGAUUGGCCCCAGAUGCUGUCACAGACACUCUGCGUGGCUGCCUGACUAGCUUUUUCAUGGUGCUAGCUAUAGCACUGUGUGUUGCAGUGUUAACCUGCAAAGAGUCCAUGUCUCCAAGGUGGCUUCAAUACGCCGGCCUCGCUAGCUGGUUGUCACAGACCGCACAGGUGCUGGGUGGGUUGGUGUACGGACUGGAAAAAGACCCAUCGUGGUACGUCUUGUUCUCUUUGUUCGCGACAUAUACACUGCUGCCAUUACCACUGCUUUGGGCCAUUUGCGCCGGCUCCCUCACCUCAAUGCUGCACUUUCUUGUGGAUAUAGUGCGCUGCUACCACGACGUUGUACUUUUGAGAAAGGUGUUUGCCAAAGGCCUGCUGUACCUGGGCAUGAAUACAGCUGGCUUGUUCAUCCACUACCUGACAGACCACGCACAGCGGCAGGUUUUCCUAGAGACGCGGCGCUGUAUCGAGGGUCGCCUCAAACUAGAGCAAGAGAACCAGAGACAGGAGCGUCUGGUGCUGUCGAUCCUGCCUCGCUUUGUUGCCUUGGAGAUGAUUGCUGACAUGAGCGCUUUGGAAAAUGAACUCAACCCUCAGGAGUUUCACAAGAUCUAUAUCCACCAGUACAAACACGUCAGCAUCCUUUUUGCCGACAUCAAGGGCUUCACUCUGUUGUCUAUGAACCUCUCAGCCCAGGAUCUGGUUCGAACUCUCAAUGAACUCUUUGGGCGCUUUGACCGACUGGCAGAUGAGCACCACUGCUUGCGGAUAAAGAUACUGGGAGACUGUUACUAUUGUGUGUCAGGGGUCCCUAAACCACAGCCUGCCCACGCCCGCUAUUGCGUUGAGAUGGGCCUGGCUAUGAUCAAGACUAUACGGUGCGUACGGAAGCAGCUGAACUACGACAUGGACAUGAGGAUAGGGAUCCACUCCGGCUCCGUCCUCUGUGGAGUGCUGGGCCUGCAGAAAUGGCAGUUUGAUGUCUGGUCCUGGGACGUGAGCAUCGCCAACAUGCUGGAAGCCGGGGGCAUACCAGGACGCAUCCACAUCUCAAGGGCGACUCUGGAUUGUCUUGAAGGCACCUACAAGACGGAGGAAGGUCAUGGCCGGGACAGGAACGAAUUUCUACGGAAACACAACAUCGACACGUUCCUCAUCUGCCCCCAGGAGGAAAGGAACAAAAUUGACCACAGGGAGGUUCCAAAAGUUGAGAAGACCAUUCGAACCUGGAACCCGGAGUUACCCUUAGGCAACUUCAUUGACAUGAAUAGUAUCCUGGCCUCCUUUACCAACGGCUCACUGCCCAACAUCUGGCACUCCACCUCCAAGGAGAUCAACAAACGCAUCAAACAUGCCAUCGAGGUGCGAAGCAGCGAGCGUAUGCACAAGGAACACAUCACUCCGCUGACGCUGGUGUUCAAGGACACACACAUAGAGGAAAAGUUCUCCCAGAUGAGAGAUGAAAUGUUCAACUCCAACCUGGCCUGCUCCUUCAUCAUGCUCCUCUUUCUCAUGGCUGCCCAGGCGCUGAUCCCUGCCCCCAAACUUUUCCCAACCAUCCUGCACAUUUUUAUCUUUCUGCUUGCCUACAUGCUACUGCUGCUGGUUGCCCUUGCUGAAGAGUUCAAGUGGACCCCCGCAUCACUCCAGCACUUCUGCUGCUGGAUUCACGAAAACAACAGCGCCCGCAACCUCCUCACCCUCACGGCCAUCGUCAUCAACUUUGGCUUGGCCUCUACCGACAUGGUGUGGUGCAUUCUCACAAACACAGAAGAGGCCGACGUAACGGACGAGACCAACACAGGCUCCAGUCCGCUCACUGUCUGCACGUACCCUGAAAUUUUUGUGUUGAGUGGCGUGAUCGCCAUGGUGACCUGUGCCGUGUUUCUGCGCCUGAACUCUCUGCUGAAGCUGGCUGUGCUGCUGCUGGCCGUGGCUUUCUACUCCUGCCUCAUCCACGUGGCCUUCCUCACGCUAGUGCGCCAUGACAUGCAAAACAGAUCACACUAUGUCAGAAGAAAAGGAAUCUCCAUCCUCCUGAUGGCCAUAUUUAUCGUCUCUGUCUUCUACAACGGACGGCAGUGGGAGGCGACUGCCAGACUGGAUUUUCUGUGGCGUCUGCAAGCCCAACAGGAGGUGGAAGACAUGAGGGAAUUGCGGGAACACAACGAGUGUUUGCUACACAACAUCCUGCCCAUGCACGUGGCCCGACAUUUCCUGGAUCGGAGCAAGAACGAUGAGGAGCUUUACUCCCAGUCCUAUGACGACGUGGGUGUUAUGUUUGCCUCCAUCGCUGGGUUCAAUGAGUACUUUGAACAGAAGGAGAUCAAGCAUGAAGGAGUGGAUUGCCUCCGGCUGCUGAAUGAGAUCAUUGCAGGCUUUGACGAGUUGUUGGAGGAGUCAUACUUUCACUACGUGGAGAAGAUCAAGACAAUCGGGAGCUGCUACAUGGCAGCGUCCGGUUUGGCUCCAGACAAACAGGCUUCAAUGGAUGAAUGGAAUCACCUAAGCGAGCUGGUUUUGUUUGCGCUGGCGAUGCAGGAGACCUUGAAAGAGAUCAACAGGCACGCUGCCCAAAACUUUGAGCUGCGUGUGGGCAUUGCCCAUGGGCCGGUGGUAGCAGGAGUGAUCGGCGCCACCAAACCUCAGUAUGACAUCUGGGGAACAACGGUGAACCUGGCCAGCCGCAUGGACAGCACGGGCGUGAGCGGACGGAUCCAGGUACCUGAGGCCACUCGCAGGAUCCUGAAAGAAUGGGGCUUUGUCCUGGAGCUACGUGGAGAAAUAUUCGUCAAGGGGGUGAGCGAGUUCCAGGGGAAAGUCCGCACCUAUUUCAUCAGCACCAUGCGCAGCAAGAGGACCAAAUCUGGAACAGAUUCCAGCCUGGGAGUGCGAACAGGAGGGCGCAUGACAUUGGCGGGGGUGGUGUUUGGCCUCGUCCAGGCCAGACACAAGGAGAAGAUGAGGGAGACCAAUGGCGGGUUCAGUGUGACUCCCCGCAAACUGCAGUUCUGAGUGGAGGAGUCUUGCCAUAUUGUUCUAACUGGUUUACAGCGUUCACGCUCUUGUUUGAUUCUUUGCUGUGUAUCGACUAGAUGCUAAAACAUCCACUCAUACCAAAGCCUUCUUUCCACUUUCUAUCUUUCUAUUUGUCCUCCUCAUCUUCCCGGUUGUAUAAAAUUCUUAAGGUUGUUUUUAAGGUUUUUAUAUCUCAAAGGACAGGUCAGCUUUCUCAAGCACUGGAGCUGACGCUCACUCUUUGAAUGAAUGAUUGCAUGUUGUGAACUUUAUUAGAAAGCGCUUACUGGUCUCUCUGAAGUUUAAUAAGCAGCUUGAGAACACUGAUUUCUUUAUUUUUUUUAUUAUUUGUUUAUUGCCAUAUCUACACUCAUUUCAGCUUUUAAAAUCUUUAGUUUUUUAUACAAAACUGAAUAAAAGCCAACAUGUCUUGCUUUUUCCUGUUGUUUGCUGGGGAAAUAUUCCCAGCAAGACGUCAGACCUCAAAGCCAAACCGCAGAAUACCUCAACACAACCAGCCCAACCUCUCCUAGACUACCAAUGGCCUAUACAAUACUGACUGCAUUCUUUACAUGGUUCACCUGCUUAGUUUUUUCUUUUCUUUUCAUUUCACUUUAUGAGAUGUCUCUUUAGGUAGUGUUAUCCGAAAGAAUCAGAGUAAAAAGGACUUCAACAUGAUGCCGAGAACUGUAAUUAUUUAUGAAUAGAUUGUUGCAUUGGUUUCAAAUUGUAUGUUGUUGUUUUUUUUAAAUUUUUACCUGUGUAUAGCCUCCACUGAGGAUUUGUGAGAUUUUUGUCAUACAUAUGAAGUGGCCAGUUCAGUUUUGUCCAUGCACAUUAUCACACAUUACUACAACGAUAUUACUUACACAGUAGAGUCUGAACCAACUUUAAUGCCAAAGAACUCGCAUGCCACUAUUUUCUUCUUGAAAACAUUUAACAGUGUACAAUUUCUGCAAAUUAAAACCGGUAAUGAAGAUAAAAUGUUUUUCUUUGUGUGUGUAUGUCUGUGUGUGUGUGUUCAUGAGAACAGACCACAGGCACAGUAAUGAAAAUAAAGAUGACUCUUUAAAGAAACUGCA